GUCGUAAAAGCGUGCGUCCAACCUGCAGCAGGAAGUUGACAGCGUGGAGGGGCUGGAGACUGACAUCCUAGAGACUUUAAUGAACUUGGGAGCGACACGGACAUGUUUUACCGACAAUAAACGCCGUUAACGUGGAUGAACGGAGCAGGUGUGGUUCAUCUGACGGCUCCUUCCGGUGAACUGUCCGCAGACAGCUGGUUGGCGGGUUCUCCCCUCAGAGACAGAGGGCAUGAUGUGGAAGUGCAGCCCGUGGGCUCUUCUGCCUCCUGCCUACUCCAUCUGCACCGCUGCUGGACUCUGGCUGGUGUACAUUGUGGCUAUUUACAGUGAGACUGUGCUACCUCUGAAUUCUCAGUCCAGGACAAGAAAUGGAUCCAGAUAUCCUCCCUUCAUCAGUGUUUCAGGAAACUUCCCACCAGCCAGCUGCAUCUUCAGCGGGGUCAUGAACAUGGCAGCAUUUGUGGGGUGGAUCAUUGGCGUCCUCAGAUACCUUCAGCUGAAAAGAGCACUUGACAAAUCGUGGCUGAACUUCGGCAGUCUGCUGAGUUUCUCUAUCGCCUGCUUUGGGAUGACGGUGGUAGGAAACGUCCAGGUAUUCAACCAGAUGAUGAUUCACAACUCAGGCACCAUAAUGACGUUUGGCCCGGGCUGUCUGUUCUGCUGGCUUCAGUCCUACCUCACACUGAGAGCUGACCUGAGGAAGGAGGGGAGGAAGACCGCCAUCGCUCGCUUCCUGCUGUCUGCAGUCAUCACUCUCUGCAUCAUAAUCCAUUGCAGCUUCAUUGCAGUUCGCUCUCUUCUGAAUGCAGCACGGUGGCAGUGGGCGCUGGUCAUGUUCGUCCUCAUGUUCAUCGGCACAUUCGGCAUCGAGUUUCGUCACAGCAGCUUUGAGAUCGUGUGCACGGACACGCCGAGGCAUCCCGUCAGACAGUCUGAGACGUCUGAAGAGUCCAGGCAGCAGCUGGAGCAGCCGUCGGAGCUUUAGCGCUGACAUCCGCAGGUCCAACUACAGGAAAGUAUUCAUUACACCUGAAGAAGCUGUUAAUGUUUCUUUGUCAGUUCCAGCAGCAUUUCCUGUGGUAAAACAGGCUUGUCUGCAUGUUUGAAUGGUACAUAUUUUAUCUUUAAGCAUUUAAAGGUUACAGUUCUGGUCAAAACCAAACAUAAUGAAGUCUAAAUUCUGAUAUUGCAGCUUUUUAAAUGUGAUUUUUUUUUUGUUCUUUCCUCUUUUGACAAAGCAGCAAAUUGAAUAUCUUGAGCUUGGGACACUUUCAUCAAUUUUCUGACGCGUUAUGAACCAAACAACCAAUUGAUUUAUCAAAAAAUAAUCAACAGAUUAAUCAACAGUGAAAGUAAUUAAUUGCAGCCCUGCUGACCACUUUCAAAUCUAAGUUAAGAACUUACCCGUUUAUAGUUGCUGUUAAUUAGCUUUAAUUUAAAUCAAAUGUAUUUGAUUUAAAUUUAUUUUAUUGUUUUUAUUCUGUUUGCUUUUGUUAUUUUAACUGUUUGAUUCUUUUAUACUGACAGUCAAUAGAAACUUUGAGGUAGAAAUGUACACAGAAUUCUACUUGUAGGGGGGUUGUAAUUAUUCAUUGUGGAUUUACUGAUGAUCUAGUGCCCUGGUAGUUGAGAUAAUGAUGAGUUGUCAUUUUGUCAUGAUUCAUUGCACAUGGGUUGGUCACUUUGCAAAAGGGAACCAAAUACACACCAAGCACUACUCAGUGAGUAUCUGCACAAUUUGAGAAUGGGUUUUGAAGGCCUAUAUAAAGGCCCAAAAAAGGCCACCAUUGUUAGUCCAGUGAACAGCAUCAUGCCGCGUCUAUCACAUGAACAACGUCUCCGGGCACUGGGUAUGGUGGAGGCCGGUUUGAGCUACAGUGAUGUAGCCAGGUGUAUGGGCUGUUCCCAACCCACAAUCAGAAGCCUGGUCCAAAGCAUGCGCCGACGGAUUGCUGCCUGCAUGGAAGCAAAUGGAGGCCAUACUCGGUAUUGACUGUUGUGACUUUGUGUUUGGCAGGUGCCGUUUUCUUUUGUGAAAUUCUUUAUUUUGAAAUCAUUCUUGAAACUUUAGAUUUUUGUUUCUGUAUGCCAAUAUGCUAAACAAAUGAUUCAUAUGAAGAAAAUCCAGUUUCGGGCUUCAAAAUAAAAAUUAUGUUGAAAAAUAUGGUCUCAAAGUUUCUAUUGACUGUCAGUGUACUUCUGUCUGGGUUCUCUGUGAAGCCAUUGCAUAUAAAAUACACUAUAUAAACACAUUUUGUAUUGCUAAGUCUGUCAUUGUUUGAUCUGGUGAAUUUUGAUACUUCUUUUUAAACCUGAUUUCUAGAUGACAUAUUUUUGUAACCUUUCAAGCGGUUUAGUUUUGAACUGUAUGAAUCUUUAAUACUAUGACUUAUGUAUUCUCAGAACCAAGUCAGUAUCAAUAAAGCAACAGCUUAUUCAA